AUGAAGAUCGCUGCUCUUCUCUUCCUUUUCUCUGUUUUCUCCUCCUCAAUCACCGCUUUUCCACAUUUUUUUCCCAAUGUUUCAUCCAUUCCACCGUCGUUAUUACCAAACAUCACCGCCGGAGCUUGGGAUAGCUUCAACAAUCUCUCCGGCUGCCAUUUGGGUCAGAAAGUUCCAGGUAUUUCCAAACUCAAAAACUACUUUCAUUACUUCGGAUACAUCGGCAACAUCAGCAAAAACUUCACCGACGACUACGACGACGCACUUGAAACCGCGGUGAAAAAUUACCAGCUCAAUUUCAAUUUAAAUGCUACCGGCGAACUCGAUGAAUCCACGGUGAAGCAGAUCUUAAAACCGAGAUGUGGAGUUGCGGAUAUUGUUAACGGAUCUAGUACUAUGAACUCCGGUAAAGCCGCGUCGAUGACCGGACAUACAGUUGCUCAUUAUUCCUUCUUCCCUGGGACGCCGCGGUGGCCGCGGUCGCGACGUGAUUUGACAUACGCGUUUGAGCCGAGAAAUCAGUUAACCGAUGACGUUAAGCGUGUUUUCACUAACGCCUUCGCUCGGUGGUCGGAGUGGACACCGUUGACGUUUACCGAAAGCAAUAACUACAACACCGCCGACCUUAAGAUUGGAUUCUACGGUGGAAACCACGGAGACGGAGAAGAUUUCGACGGAGUUUUGGGAACAUUAGCUCAUGCAUUUGCUCCGCCGAGAGGAUUACUACAUCUUGACAGCGACGAGACUUGGAUUAUCGAUGAUGUGUUCGCGUCUGGAUCUCCGUCGGCGAUGGAUCUGGAAUCAGUGGCGGUGCACGAGAUUGGACAUCUGUUAGGUCUCGGACAUUCGUCGGUGGAAGAAGCGAUCAUGUUUCCGACGAUAUCGUCGGGAAUACGGAAAGUAGAGCUCGCGAGAGACGACGUUGAAGGCAUUCAGGCGUGCCAUGGUGCGAGGCGUGGUGUAGCCGUUACGAAAACGUCCAAGGCGGGUUUGUGA